AUGACUCCUCCAACUAUGCUUCAAACAGCUCCAGUCGCUACCACUUUCUCUCCAAUUGUAACUAAGGAUAAAACCAUCAAGUUAAAAUCAGAUGCUAAGAAUGGUGAUGUUAGUUUUGCUGAUUGGGAAAAGUUUAAGUUUGCUCCAAUUAGAGAAUCAACUGUUUCAAGAGCUAUGACUAGACGUUAUUUUGCUGAUUUAGAUAAAUAUACUGAAUCAGAUGUUGUUAUUGUCGGUGCUGGUUCCGCCGGUUUAUCAGCUGCUUAUGUCUUAGCUAAAAAUAGACCAGAUUUAAAAAUUGCUAUCAUUGAAGCUUCUGUCAGUCCAGGUGGUGGAUGUUGGUUAGGUGGUCAAUUAUUCUCUGCUAUGGUGUUAAGAAAACCAGCAGAUUUAUUUUUAGAUGAUUUAGGUAUUCAAUAUGAUGAUGAAGGUGAUUAUGUUGUGGUUAAACAUGCUGCUUUAUUCAUGUCUACUUUAUUAUCUAAAGUUUUACAAUUCCCAAAUAUUAAAUUAUUCAAUUCUACUGCUGUUGAAGAUUUAAUUACUCGUCGUGAUGAAAUUACUGGUGAAUUAAGAAUUGCUGGUGUUGUAACUAACUGGACUUUAGUUGCUUUAAACCAUGAUACUCAAUCCUGUAUGGAUCCAAACACCAUCAAUUGUAAUGUUGUUUUAUCCACCACUGGCCAUGAUGGUCCAUUUGGUGCUUUCUCAGCCAAGAGAUUAGAAGAAUUAGGUAAAGCUCCAAAGGAUAUAACUCAAGGAUUCAAACCAAUCGCAGAACAAAAACCACAAACUCAAGCAUCCAGUGCAGAUGGAUUCCAAUUAGGUGGUAUGAGAGGUUUAGAUAUGAAUAAAGCUGAAGAUGCCAUUGUCAAGGGUACCAGAGAAGUUGUUCCAGGUUUAGUUAUUGCUGGUAUGGAAUUAGCUGAAGUUGAUGGUAGUAACAGAAUGGGUCCAACUUUUGGUGCUAUGGCUUUAUCUGGUGUUAAAGCUGCUGAAUCUGUUCUUAAUGCUUUUGAAAUCAGAAAGAAGCAAAACCUCAAUGGUUAUUAG